AUGGCAAUUACAACCUGUUGUCUAGUCCUCUUACUGACCUAUAUUCCACAUCUCAAGUGCGACCAAAAGGAGCCGGCCUGCACACAAUGUUCGAAGAAGGGAAUCGCCUGUCCCGGUUAUCGAAACCUCGUUGAUUUAAUGUUUCGAGAUGAGAGCUCUCAUGUCAUCAAGAAAGUAAAAAACAAACGGACCCAACCUCGCGUUCCGUCUCGAAGUAACCCUGCCGGUCAGGGACUGCCCUCUCCCUCUCCCUCUCCUUUAAUACCCGCUGAACCGAUAUACUCAUCACCGACUCUCACUACUGAUUCGAUAUCCGGCGGAGUCUUGUCUUCUGCCCUCGAGGUAGAGAGCCCCGACAAAGCGAACGAUAGACGUGCUCGAAAUCACGCUGCUCGUUGUCGCCGGCCAGUACUUUCAGCUUUAAACAACGACUGGAGCCGAUCCCCCUCAGAGACUUCGGAAAGCGUAUUUGAUAUUAUCGAUAGCGGCGGAUCAUCCGAACUCGACACUCCUCUAAAAGGGGCUUUGUCUCCUGAGCUUCAGGACCGAGGCAUCUCGUUCUUCUUUUCUCGUUACGUUGCGGCAAACAGUGGCUCGCCUCAGAAUUAUGCUUUCAUAUACGAUGUAUGGAAACCUCCAGACUCAGCUCAGUCUCAGCUUUGCCCAGUUUCUGUCAGUAUGACAGCUGUUGGACUUGCAGAAUGCUCUCAGAGUCUCCGAUCAUCUGAACUUAUGAUUCGCGCCCAAGAGAGCUACGCUAUCGCGCUCGGAUUAACGCACCGUGCCCUUCGUGACCCGAUAGAAGUAGUGAAGGACACAACUAUGCUGGCUGUUUUAAUCCUUGGCACAUAUGAAUUCGUUUCGGGCUACAGUGCUCACACCAUGCGUGCUUGGCAGGACCAUGUUAACGGAGCUGCUGCCCUUGCGAGCAUCAGGGGCGCUACUCAAUUUCGGAGCAAAGCUGGCGCCCGCAUGUUCCUUAUGCUUUGCCAGACAGUCUUAAUCAGGUGCAUUCAAAGCGGGCUUCCCAUGCCUGAGACACUAAUAGAUCUUCGCCGCCAAAUCCCUCCCUCUGAAGAACUUAUGGGGCCUGACUUUUGCGUAGCAUAUCCAAUCUACAAAGCACUGCAGGUUCGGCACGACAUCAGAUCAGGCACACUUGCUGAUCUCGAUGAUAUGAUCAUUGCCACAUCUAAUGUUCAGGAGGAAAUUUCUUCAGUUCUUGCCGGGCUGCCAGAGGGUUGGAGAUAUCAUCGUGUACAGCUGACACAACCGGAUCCGCGAGUUCUAGGACAGAUUUGUCAUGUCUACACAGGCCUUCUCCAGUCCACCACUUGGAAUAUGGUGCGCGGCAUCCGCAUGCUACUGUUGGAAACCUUUGUCGAGAAGUUGUGUGCAGUGUUUGAGUCAUCCGGCGGCUCUGCAAAAUCGGAGACUCAUCUUCAGAUUCUUGCCAGGUCUGUCAGACUCCUGAAAAUGCUCGGACAAUCAAUCGCUGCGAGCAUUCCCCAGCAUCUUGGGGUCGUUAGUAUCCGGGAUAUCAACAGCCAAAAGGACCCAGUGCAUACGGUAUCGAUUGCUGCUAAGAAGCAAGCUUCUCGGGUACUAUCGACAUCUCUUGUUCAAGAUAUACGACUCGGAACCGGUGACGACGUUUCGAGUAGCGGUGACAGUCCUGUAAUGUUUGACCCAACCCAAUCAACAGCUACAGCUGACGAUGCCACCCGUUUCAUGAGCCUUGCUUCAACCAACAAUACCAUUAUUUGGCCAUUGUACAUGCUUGGCAUGUCAUCAGCCUGCGCUCCAGAGACUAAACAGUACGCCAUAGAGGGCCUCUAUGCCAUACAUAGAGAAGCUGGCCUGGAACAAGCGCGUGUGGUUGCAGGAUUGUUACAAGAGCAGAAAGUCAGCCCUUCUAUCCGCAGUUCGUCGCUCCUCAACGAACUCCCAUCAAUAGACUCGAGCGCCCUGCCUUCGAUAGUUUGA